GAGACAAUUUUAACUUAGCCAUUCCUAAUUUAUCUCAAGCGUUUUCAAUUCAUCUUCACUGCUCUAUGCACACAGGAACACCAGAUUGCCAUCCCUGGGGAACAGAAUGCAACCCGGGAUCUAGAGAGCUGUCACAUUCCAAGAAAUAUUUAAAUUGUGCUGAUUUUCUUCUGGAGAACUGAGCCCAGAGAAUGAAACUCUCCAUCAAGUCAUGGCUUUGCGGGCAAUAGAUCAGAGGAUAUUGCCAGUUUUCUAAUGGAUUAUUGUUAUCGGGCAGGUUUUCUCUGAAGGAUUCAUUCACCUACCCAGCCAUUGAAAUCUGCUCAGCUUCCAGGUUUAGUACUAAAACUUACUUUGCCUCAUCUUAUGUUCACCCUCAGGAUAGUAUAUGUGAUAUCCAUUGGUUCCGUGGUAACUGAAUUUAAGAGGUUUUAAAAGUGACCAGAUGCGACCCACAGAGGACAUAAGAAUUUCAACUGUUAAAAUUGAGCUUCUCAGCUGCUGUUACAUUCUACUUGGAUGGGAACUGGAGAUCAGCCAGAUCACUUGUAUGCACAAAGCCGCUGUGGAUCUGUCUUUCAAACAAGAGCUGCAGAAAACGCUAUAGCAAGGUUGAAGCUUUAUCCACUCUGACUCACCCAGAAAGCACAGCCCUGAUUCUGCGUGAGAAAGUCUAUCUCUACAGAAACUAAAACGGUGUCAACGGUUUCUGUACAGCACGGAUUAUGACAGCGUCUUUCUUAAGAAGAGAAUGCUUAAAUUUCAUCAAAUGAAACAUAUUUUUGAAAUACUUGAUAAAAUGAGAUGCCUGCGAAAACGUUCUACAGUGUCAUUCUUGGGAAUUUUUGUCAUUUUUCUCCUUUUUAUGAACUUGUACAUUGAAGAUAGCUAUGUUCUGGAAGGAGACAAACAACUUAUAAGGGAAACAUCCACACAUCAACUGAAUUCAGAACGCUAUGUUCAUACUUUCAAGGAUUUAUCUAAUUUCUCAGGAGCCAUAAAUGUCACCUAUCGCUACCUAGCUGCCACACCUUUACAAAGAAAGCGGUAUCUUACAAUUGGACUUUCUUCAGUAAAGCGAAAAAAAGGAAACUAUUUACUUGAGACAAUUAAGUCAAUUUUUGAGCAAUCCAGCUAUGAAGAGCUGAAGGAAAUUUCAGUGGUGGUUCACCUAGCAGACUUUAAUUCUUCCUGGCGUGAUGCCAUGGUCCAGGAUAUUACACAGAAAUUUGCACACCAUAUUAUUGCAGGAAGAUUAAUGGUUAUACAUGCUCCAGAGGAGUAUUACCCAAUCCUAGAUGGCCUUAAAAGAAAUUACAAUGAUCCAGAAGAUAGAGUCAAAUUUCGUUCCAAGCAAAAUGUAGAUUAUGCUUUUCUGCUUAAUUUUUGUGCCAAUACUUCAGACUAUUAUGUAAUGCUUGAAGAUGAUGUUCGAUGUUCAAAAAAUUUCUUAACUGCCAUCAAGAAAGUCAUUGCAUCCCUAGAAGGAACUUACUGGGUAACUCUUGAAUUCUCUAAGCUUGGCUACAUUGGUAAACUCUAUCAUUCUCGUGAUCUCCCACGUUUGGCACAUUUUUUAUUAAUGUUUUAUCAAGAAAUGCCUUGUGAUUGGCUAUUGACUCAUUUCCGUGGUCUGUUGGCUCAGAAAAAUGUGAUCCGUUUUAAACCAUCUCUCUUUCAGCACAUGGGCUAUUAUUCAUCAUACAAAGGGACGGAGAAUAAGCUGAAGGAUGAUGAUUUUGAAGAGGAGUCAUUUGACAUUCCUGAUAACCCCCCUGCAAGUCUGUACACCAACAUGAAUGUGUUUGAAAAUUAUGAAGCAAGCAAGGCUUACAGUAGUGUUGACGAGUACUUUUGGGGGAAACCACCUUCAACAGGAGAUGUUUUUGUGAUUGUAUUUGAAAAUCCAGUUACAAUAAAAAAAAUUAAAGUAAAUACUGGAACAGAAGAUCGGCAAAAUGAUAUUUUGCAUCAUGGAGCCCUAGAUGUUGGGGAAAACAUUAUGCCUAGCAAACAAAGGAGACAAUGUUCUACUUACUUAAGACUAGGAGAAUUCAAAAAUGGAAACUUUGAAAUGUCAGGUGUAAAUCAAAAAAUUCCAUUUGAUAUACAUUGUAUGAGGAUAUAUGUCACCAAAACACAAAAGGAAUGGCUAAUUAUUAGGAGUAUUAGCAUUUGGACUUCUUAGCCAAUUAAAUCAGUAUGUUGUUUCUGAA